UGCUCCUAGCAAGCCUCAAAUAACCUCUGUUGACAAGACCGAAAUGACAGUUUCUUGGACUGCACCAGACUCUGAUGGUGGCUCACCAAUCACCAGAUACAUUUUGGAGAAGAAGGAACCGUUCUCAUCCCGUUGGACUGAAGUCACCAAAGUGACCGACACUGAAUUCAAAAUAACUGGAUUGAAGGAAGGAUCUGAGUAUCAGUUCAGGAUCAGCGCUGAGAACAAAGCUGGUGUGGGUAAACCAAGCCAGCCUAGUGAACCGAAAGUGGCCAAACUGCCGUACGAUGUCCCUGAUGCUCCUAGCACUCCUGAGGUCUCAGACAUCAAACCAACAUCACUCACUCUCACCUGGACUGCUCCAGAACAUGACGGUGGAUCUCCAAUCACAGGAUACAUCGUGGAGAAGAAAGACAAGUUCAGCUCUCGCUGGACUAAAGUCACCAUCACCUCCAUACAAGACACAACCUUCAAUGUGAUUGGUCUUCAAGAAGGCACUGAGUACGAGUUCAGAGUGAGUGCCGAGAACAAAGCUGGAGUUGGUAAACCUAGUAAUCCAGCUUCCCUGAAGAUCUCGCCACCAAGUGCUCCCGGUAAGCCAGACGUGAGUGAAGUGACUGAUAAAGCCGCUACAGUCUCAUGGAGUAUUCCUGAGUCUGAUGGAGGCAGUAAGAUCCUCGGAUACAUCAUCGAGAAGUGUGACACCUCAAGAGACCGAUGGGUGAGGGUGAAUAGGAGCCUUGUGAAGGAGACUACUCUCAGAGUGGAGGAGUUGACAGUAAAGACCAAGUACCAGUUCAGAGUCAGUGCUGAGAACAAGGCUGGAACUGGGCCUGCCAGUGAACCAUCAGAUGUAGUGGAAGCUAAAUUGCCAUAUGAAAUUCCAAUGUCACCAGGCAGACCCUCCAUCAGUGACAUCACAGCCAACUCCAUGACCCUGUCUUGGAGUGCUCCAACAUCCGAUGGAGGCAGCCCAGUCACGUCUUACAUCAUCGAGAAGAAGGAGUCAUACGGCAAAUGGUCCCAGGUUGCCAAGACUGACGAAGAGUCUUACAAAGUGGUCGGUCUGAAGGAAGGUCAGAAGUAUGAGUUCAGAGUAGCCGCUGAGAACAAGGCUGGCAGGGGAAGCUUCAGUGAGGCCACAGCUCCAACGGAAGCUAAAGAACCUUAUGUGGUUCCUGAUGCCCCAGGCACACCAGACAUUUCAGACAUCAAGCCGUCAUCACUGACGCUAUCCUGGACAGCUCCUGAAAAUGACGGUGGGUCUCCCAUCACCGGUUACAUCAUCGAGAAGAAAGACAAGUUCAGCUCCCGCUGGACCAAAGUCAACAUUUCCUCAAUCAGAGAGACAACGUUCAACGUCACAGGCCUACAGGAGGGAGAGGAGUACGAGUUCAGAGUGACCGCCGAGAACAGAGCGGGACUCGGCAAGCCUAGCAACCCAGCGUCUCUGAAGAUUAGUCCUCCGAGCGCUCCUGGCAAACCCGACUUAAGCGAAAUCACCGAUAAAGCCAUCACCCUGAAAUGGACUGUGCCCGAGUCCGAAGGUGGAAGCCGCAUCACUGGUUACUUCAUUGAGAAGUGUGACACUUCGAAAGAGAGAUGGGUUAAAGUCAACCGGAGUGCCGUCAAGGAGACGACAUUCAGAGUGGAAGAACUGACAGCUAAGACAGAGUAUAGGUUUAGAGUCAGUGCCGAGAACAAGGCUGGUACUGGGCCUGCCAGUGAACCAUCUGAUGCUGCAGUGGCUAAACUGCCUUAUGAUGUACCCAAAUCUCCGAGCACACCAACCCUUAGCGACAUCACCUCCAAGUCCAUGACUCUGUCUUGGGAAGCCCCGAGAUCAGAUGGGGGAAGCCCCAUCACCGAUUACAUCAUUGAGAAGAGAGAACCCUUCGGCAAGUGGGUGCAAGUAGGCAAGACGUCAGACACAUCGUACACAGUCAAGGGUUUGAAGGAAGGCCAGGAGUAUGAGUUCAGGGUUGCUGCUGAGAAUAAGGCUGGAAUCGGCAACUUCAGUGAGGCAACUGAUUCAACAGUUGCCAAAGAACCUUACGAGGUGCCUGGAGUCCCUGGAACACCAGAUAUCUCAGACGUAAAGCCGACCACCCUAACUCUUACCUGGACAGCUCCAAAGAGUGAUGGCGGUGCUCCAAUCACCAACUACAUCAUCGAGAGGAAAGACAAGUUCAGCUCUCGCUGGACUAAAGUCAACAUCACCUCAGUCACGGAUACCAGCUAUAAUGUCACCGGUCUCCAAGAGGGGACAGAGUACGAGUUCAGAGUGACAGCUGAGAACAAGGCUGGUCAGGGUAAACCGAGCAACCCCGCUUCCUUGAAGAUCAGAAAGCCUGACGCUCCCAGCAAGCCCGAUGUUUCUGACAUCACUGACAAAUCUCUCAUCCUGACUUGGACGGCCCCUGAAUCAGACGGAGGCAGUAAGAUCCUUGGGUACAUUGUUGAGAAGUGUGACACCUCAAGAGACCGAUGGGUGAGGGUGAACAGGAGCCUUGUAAAGGAGACUACGCUGAGAGUGGAGGAGUUGACAGUGAAGAGCGAGUAUCGCUUUAGAGUGAGUGCUGAGAACAAGGCAGGAACAGGACCAGCUAGUCCACUGUCUGAUGCUGUUGUGGCCAAACUACCGUAUGACAAACCAGACUCGCCAAGCAAACCAACCAUCAGUGACGUCACAGCUCACUCCAUGACCCUGUCCUGGAAACCACCGACUGAAGACGGAGGAGCCAAGAUCAAGGGCUACGUGAUCGAGAAGAAAGAACCCUUCAGCUCCAAGUGGUCUCCCGUCGGUAACACAGAAGACACGUCCUUCACGGUGACAGGAUUGAAGGAAGGGACUGAGUAUGAGUUCAGAGUAGCUGCCGAAAACAAAGCUGGGAUGGGAGCGUUCAGCCCCACCACAGCGCCUACCGUGGCAAAAGAGCCUUAUGAUGUUCCAGAUGCCCCAGGCACCCCUGAACCAACAGAUGUCACCGAGCGCUCCAUCACCUUAACAUGGACUCCACCACCCUCAGACGGAGGCAGCAAAAUCCUUGGUUACAUCGUUGAGCGAAAGGACGCCUACAGCACCAGAUGGGCUAAAGUCACAAGAGACAGAGUUACAGAGACCACACUGAAGGUUACGGACGUCAAGGAGAACUCAGAGUACACGUUCAGAGUGAUUGCUGAGAAUAAGGCAGGACCUGGGAAGCCCAGCGAGCCGUCUGCACCUGUUGUUGCCAAACGUCCCUACGACGUUCCAGGUGCCCCGGGAACCCCAAGCAUUUCUGACGUCACAGCCACCAGUGUGGCCCUCUCCUGGACCCCACCCCCGUCUGACAAUGGCUCACCCAUCACGUCCUACAUCAUUGAGAAGAAGGAGAAAUUCAGCAGUCGCUGGAGUAGAGUCAAUCCGACCUCAGUAACGGACACGACAUUCAUUGUUGAGAACCUCAAAGAGGGUGAUGAGUAUGAGUUUAGAGUGAGUGCUGAGAAUAAAGCUGGAGUUGGGAAACCGAGUCAGGCUACGAUACCUGUGGUUGCGAAGCCACCCUAUGAUGUUCCUGAUGCUCCAGGCAAACCCAAAAUCACCAGCACUACAGCCAAGACGGCCAAUAUUACCUGGGCAGCCCCACCGUCUGAUGGAGGCAGCCCAAUCAAGAACUACGUCAUCGAGAGAAAAGACAGGUUCUCAACACGAUGGACCGUCGUGAACAGAGAUGAGACGGUGACCGAGACAAGCUUUGUGGUGAGAGACUUGAAGGAGGGUGAAGAGUACCAGUUUAGAGUAGCCGCUGAGAACAAGGCGGGAGUCGGGAAACCAUCUGAGCCGUCGGAGCCUAGGGUCAUCAAGCCUGCAUAUGAUGUUCCAGGAGCACCAGAUGCCCCUACCCUCACUGACAUCACGAGCAUCACAAUGACACUAACCUGGUCACCCCCACAUGACGACGGUGGUAGUCCAAUCACUGGCUACACCAUCGAGAAACGAGACAAGUACACUACGAAAUGGACCAAGGUCAACAGGUACUCAGUGACCGAGACAACACUCAAGGUGACCGAGUUGAGAGAAGGGACCGAGUAUGAGUUCCGAGUAGCUGCUGAGAACAAAGCUGGAGUCGGGAAGUUCAGCGAGCCAUCUCAGAAGAAGGUUGCCAAACAACCUUAUGAUGUACCAGGCAUUCCCGGCACUCCAGAUAUCUCUGACAUCACAGCCACGACGCUCAACCUGACAUGGAUAGCUCCCUCUAGUGAUGGUGGAAGUCAAAUCACGACGUACAUCAUUGAGAAGAAGGAGCAGUUUGCCAGUCGAUGGAGCCGAGUCAACAAAGACUCCAUCACCGAUCUUACAUACAAGGUGAAUAACUUGACUGAAGGCAAUGAGUACCAGUUCCGAGUGACAGCUGAGAACAAGGCCGGUGCAGGGAAACCUAGCCAACCUACAGCAACAGUCAUUGCCAAACACCCAUAUGGUGUUCCAUUAGCACCAGGCACUCCAACUCUCUCCAACAUCACAAGCACCUCAAUGACUGUGACCUGGUCUCCGCCCGAGUCUGACAAUGGCAGCCGCAUCACCGGCUACAUCAUAGAGAAGCGGGAUCGCAUGAGCACACGCUGGACUAAAGUCAACAGGGAGACUGUGACGGAGACUACCUACAGUGUGACUGGCCUGACUGAAGGAUCGGAGUAUGAGUUUAGGGUCAGUGCUGGGAACAAAGCUGGGGUGGGAGAACCAAGCGAGCCGUCGAGAUCGACUGUUGCCAAACCGCCAUAUGAUGAACCAGAUGCACCAGGCCAGCCAUCCAUCUCCAACAUCACCGCCUCCUCCAUGACACUAACCUGGACUCCGCCCCCUUCAGAUGGCGGUAGUCCCAUCACAGGCUACAUCAUUGAGAAGAAAGAUCGCUUCAGUUCUCGCUGGUCGCGCGUCAAUGAUUACAGUACUCAGGAUGUUGAGUACAUUGUGAGUGGUCUGAAGCAGGGUUCCGAGUAUGAGUUCCGAGUAGCUGCUGAGAACAAAGCAGGAGUUGGGAAACCCAGCGAGUCGACUGGCUACAAAGUGGCUAAACCUCAAUAUGAUGUGGCUGACUCACCUGGCACCCCAGAGAUCACCGACAUCAAACCGACCUCCGUGACCCUCAACUGGUCCCCUCCAGACUCAGACGGCGGUUCCAACAUCCAGGGAUACAUCAUCGAGAAGAAGGACAAAUUCUCGCCCCGCUGGACUCGCGUCAACGCCUCUCUCGUCGAAGACACUAGCUUCACUGUCACCGGCCUCUCGGAAGGCCAGGAGUGCGACUUCAGAAUCACUGCAGAGAACAAAGCUGGGCCGAGUAAACCGAGUAACAUCUCUACUUACCACAUUCAACCACCUGAUGCUCCGAGUUGUCCCGAGGUCUCCAACAUUCAGGAGAACUCUUUAACUCUCAACUGGUCUCCACCCCAGUCUGACGGUGGCAGUAAGAUCACCGGUUACUAUGUAGAGAAGAGGGAUGUAACUAAAGACCGCUGGGUGCGAGUCAACAGAGCACCUGUGAGGGAGACUACGAUGGUUGUUCCUGACUUGAUGUCGAAGGCUCAGUACGAGUUCAGAGUGAUUGCCGAGAAUAAGGCUGGGCCUGGGAAACCUAGUGAGCCUACACAGCAGGUCUUGGUCAAACCACCUUAUGAAAUCCCAGAGUCUCCUAGCACUCCUGAAGUAUCCGAUGUCACCAAGACAUCUGCCACAGUGUCAUGGCAACCACCCACAUCUGAUGGAGGAAGCAAGAUCCUUGGUUACACGGUUGAGAUGAAGGAGCAGUACUCAACUCGCUGGACCGUCGCAGCCAAACCUCAAGACACGGAAUGCAAGGUCACCAAGCUGACUCCCGGCAAGGAGUAUGAGUUCAGAGUGAGAGCUGAGAACAAGGCUGGGCUGAGUGAACCAAGCAGACCUUCCAAGACCUUUGUUGCAAAGGAUGCUUAUGAUGUUCCUGAUGCACCCAGCCGACCCACUGCAAGCAACAUCCAGGAGCAUUCAGUAACGUUGUCAUGGUCACCGCCAGCAUCUGAUGGAGGAGCUAAGAUCUCAGGCUACAUCAUUGAGAUGAAGGAGGAAUUCUCUAGCAGAUGGACUCAGGUGACCAAAGAGCGUAUCACAGACACUGAGUUCACAGCAACCAAACUCAAGGAAGGGACUCAGCACACAUUCAGAGUGAGUGCAGAGAACAAGGCUGGCUUGGGUAAACCCAGUGAACCAUCCGCAACAGUCACACCCAAGAAACCGUACGGUGUUCCAGAUGCCCCAGGCAAACCAGAAAUCACAACCUCGACAUCAACCUCAGCAUCCAUCACUUGGACUCCUCCGUCAUCUGAUGGCGGUAGCCCCAUCACCGGUUACGUCAUCGAGAAACGAGAAGGCGAUAUGGGCCGCUGGACCAAGUGCAGUCGAUAUGAAGUCACCGAGACAUCGUUUACCGUGAGGGAUUUGAUGGAAGGGAAGGAGUAUGAGUUUAGAGUCAGUGCUGUGAAUAAGGCUGGCGCUGGUGAGCCUAGUGCACCGUCAGAAAGUGUGACUACCAAGCCACCGUACGUGUCACCUGAUGCACCCAGCACCCCAGAAGUUACUGACACAACGUCUCGCUCCGUCAGUCUGUCAUGGAACAAACCCAAAGACGACGGCGGUGACAAAAUCACCGAUUACAUCAUUGAGAAGAAAGAACCGUUCAGCAUCCGAUGGACUGAGGUCGGGCGUACUCCAGACACUAGCCUGACUGUCAAUGGUCUGAAGGAAGGGGAGGAGUUACAGUUCAGAGUGACAGCUGUGAAUAAGGCGGGGCCGGGCAAACCGAGUCAUGACACCGACAAAAUUGUUGUGAAACCACCUUACGAUGUCCCAGAUGCCCCUGGCCAGCCAACAGCCACAGACGUCAACUCUACUUCCAUGACAGUGAACUGGACCGCACCCAAAUCUGAUGGAGGAAGUCGCAUCAUCACUUACAUCAUCGAGAUCAAGGAGCAGUUCUCCACGUACUGGAAGAGAGUCAAUCCUCAUGAAGUGACUUCAACUUCCUUCAAGGUGUCUUCCUUGAAGGAAGGUAACAGCUAUGAGUUCAGAGUGAGUGCUGAAAACAAGGCUGGUGUAAGCAAACCGAGUCCAGUGUCGGAGACGUACACUGCUAAACCACCAUAUGAUGUUCCAAGCCAGCCUGGCACUCCAGACAUCUCCAACAUCCAACCCACCUCCAUGACUCUAUCAUGGGCUCCACCUACCUCUGAUGGAGGCAGCCCAGUCACAGGCUACAUCAUUGAGAGAUGUGACACCGCUAGCAAUCGCUGGGUUCGAGUCAACAAGUACACGGUAAAAGAUCUGAGUUACACCGUUGCAGAUCUGAGAGAAGGCAACGAGUACAUGUUUAGAGUUAGCGCUGAUAAUGCUGCAGGAGUCGGCAAACUGAGUGAGGAAUCGGCGGCGAAGGUCGCUAAACAUCCUUAUGAUAUCCCUGGCGCCCCGUCAAGACCGCUCAUCUCACACAUCGACACUACCAAGAUGACAGUUAGCUGGUCCCCACCAGACUCAGACGGUGGCAGUCCAAUCACAAACUACGUCCUGGAGCGCAAGGACAAGUUCUCAACUCGUUGGAUGAGAGUCACUCGUGAUAGGAUCUCGGAGACUGAGUUUACUGUUCAGGGUUUGAUGGAAGGGACUGAGUAUGAGUUCCGAGUAGCUGCUGAGAACAAAGCUGGAUUGGGACCUGCUAGUGAGCCAUCGGAGAGUAAAGUUGCUAAGGCACCUUACGAUGUUCCAGAUGCCCCAGGCACUCCAGACAUAUCUGACGUCACCUCCUCAUCAAUGGUCCUGACCUGGGCUGAGGCUUCUUCAGACGGAGGCAGUCCCAUCACGACUUACAUCGUCGAGAAGCGAGACCGCUUCACAUCUCGCUGGACCCGCGUCAAUAAAUACAACCUCACCGAGACCACGUACACCGUGACAGAUCUCAAGGAAGGGUCUGAGUAUGAGUUCCGAGUGUCUGCUGAGAAUAAGGCUGGUGUGGGUAGACCCAGUGAGCCAUCAAGAACUGUCAAGGCUAAGCCACCUUAUGAGUCACCAUCAUCACCAGCCACGCCCGUGGUAUCCAACAUCACACCCGAUUCCAUGACCCUCUCCUGGUCACCGCCCAAGACAGACGGAGGCAGCCCCAUCUCCGGUUACUACGUGGAGAAGAAAGACCGCUUUGGGCUGCGCUGGACUAGAGUCAACCGUGAACCGACCCAAGACACGACGAUGAGGGUACCGGGACUGAGCGAGGGCGAGGAGUACCAGUUUAGGGUGGUUGCCGAGAACAAAGGAGGUGAAGGGAAGCCUAGUGAGUCGACAGGGCCAACAGUUGCCAAGGCACCUUAUGAUGUUCCUGGUGCACCAAGCGUCCCUCAAAUCCCCAAAGUCACCGAAUCCACCAUGACUCUGCACUGGGCCGAACCCCUCUCGGAUGGCGGUUCACCCAUCAUCGGCUAUCACAUUGAGAGGAAGGAAGCUCUUGGCAGACACUGGUCUCGUGUUACCCGUGAGCCGGUCAGUGAUGUGACCUACAAGGCUACUGGCCUGACUGAGGGAUCGGAGUAUGAGUUCAGAGUGUUUGCUGUCAACAAGGCUGGAGUUGGUGGUCCCAGUAAUGCGUCAAAUGUCACCAAAGCAAAACCACCUUAUGAUGUACCUGACACUCCUGGGACACCCGUCAUCUCCGAUACAACCUCCUCUUCCAUGCACCUGUCGUGGUCUGAGCCUGAAUCAGAUGGAGGCAGUCCAAUCACCGGCUACAUCGUGGAGAAACGGGAGCGAUUCAGCACCCUGUGGGCUCCUGUAACCAAACGAGAAGUGCCCGAGGCUUCCUAUACAGUGACUGGGUUGACGGAAGGGACGGAGUACGAGUUCCGAGUAGCUGGUCAGAACAAGGCUGGAGUUGGCAAGUUUAGUGAGCCGACAAGACCUACCGUUGCCAAACCACCUUACAAUAUUCCUGAAGCACCUGGCUCACCGGAAGUCACAGACAUCACAGCAAACUCCAUGACUCUUCACUGGUCCCCGCCAUCCUCUGACGGUGGCAGCCCUAUCACGGGCUACAUCGUUGAGCGCAGGGAUACCAGCAAGAUGGGCUGGACUGUAGCCAAUCGGGUACCGAUCACCGACACGACGUUCACCGUGCCAAACCUGCGGGAAGGGACUGAGUAUGAGUUCAGGAUCAUCGCUGAGAACAAGGCGGGAACUGGCAAGCCAGGAGCAGCCUCGCAGCCUAAACUUGCAAAGGCUCCAUAUGAUGUACCAGAUGCCCCAGGCACCCCAGAGAUCUCCAACAUCACCGCGACCUCCAUGACCCUCACCUGGUCUCCACCCAAGUCUGACAAUGGCAGUCCAGUCACCAACUACAUUAUUGAGAUGAGACAAGACUUUGCCAUGCGCUGGACCAAGAUAAGCACAUCUGUUAUGGAGACUACACACACCGUGACUCGCCUGUCUGAGGGCAGCAAGUAUGUGUUCAGAGUGGCGGCUGAGAACAAGGCCGGCGCUGGGAAAUUCAGUGAGCCGUCUGACCAAGCCUUAGCCAAGCCACCUUAUGAUGCACCGGGUUCCCCAGAUGUGCCAACAGUGUCUGACGUCACUGCGAAUAGUGCCCUCUUGAGUUGGUCUCCACCCAUCGAGGAUGGAGGUGCCGACCUCACAGGUUACGUCAUUGAAAAGAAGGACAAGUUUUCAACACGCUGGACUAAAGUGGAUGAGGUGAAUGCGGAUGUAACAUCUCUCCCUGUCCGUGGCCUAUCUGAGGGUAAUGACUAUGAAUUCCGUGUCAGUGCUACCAACAAGGCUGGAGUCGGCAAGCCGAGUGACUCGUCCAAUAGAUUCACGGCAAAGGCGCCAUAUGAUGUUCCUGAUGCACCAAGUGCCCCAACAAUCCUAGAAUCCAGCGAGACCUCAAUGACUCUCUCCUGGACCCCGCCCAUCAGCGACGGUGGUAGCCUCGUCACCGGUUACAUCAUAGAGAGGCAUGAUCUCAGCACUAGUCGCUGGGUCAAGGCACACAGGGAACCGGUGACAGACACGACGUACACUGUCCGGGAUUUGACAGUGGAUAAGAAGUACGAGUUUAGAGUCAGUGCUGAGAAUAAGGCCGGUGUUGGAAAAGCCAGUGAGCCAUCGGCUCCUAGAACGGCUAGACCUCCAUAUGAUGUCCCAGAUGCCCCAGGUAAGCCAGAAGUCACCAAAACAGACAGCACCGAGAUCACCAUCGCUUGGACCCCACCCUCGUCAGACGGUGGCAGCAAGAUCAUCGGAUACAUCAUCGAGAAGAAAGAUCGCUUCAGUACUCGCUGGCAGAAGAUCAACCGCUACACAGUCACUGAAACCACCUUCCAAGCCACGGGGCUGAGUUUCAAGAUGGAGUAUGAGUUUAGGGUGAGCGCUGAGAAUCAAGCGGGGGUCGGCAAGCCUAGCGAGCAGUCUGAUGUUGCUGUUGCUAAACCACCUUAUGAUGUUCCAGAAUCUCCUGAGAAUGUCACCAUCACAGCAACCACCUCCAACUCAGCCUCCUUGUCCUGGAGCCCACCUCGUUCAGACGGCGGCGCACCAAUCACCGGUUAUAUCGUGGAGAAGAAAGAUCAGUACAGCUCACGCUGGACUAGAGUCAAUCGCAUCCCAGUCACAGAGACUCAGAUGAUUGUACCGGACUUGAAGGAAGGCAUGGAGUACGAGUUUAGGGUCAGCGCUGAGAACAAGGCUGGUGUUGGACGGACCAGUGAACCUACUAGACCGACUGUCAUCAAACCACCAUUUGACAUACCAGGUUCUCCUUCAGCGCCAUCAGUCACCGACAUCACCAGCACCUCCAUGACCCUGUCCUGGUCACCACCCACCACCGACGGAGGCAGUCCAAUCACUGGCUACGUCAUCGAGAAGCAAGAACCGUUCAGCUCUCGUUGGACUCCCGUAGAGACGUUUACCGGGACUUCGGGAACCAUCGGAGGUCUGCGUGAGGGGAAUGAGUAUCAGUUCCGUGUGGUUGCUGCUAAUAAGGCAGGCAACGGGAAACCUAGUGCGUCAAGUCAGCCGAGGGUGGCCAAACCUCCAUAUGAUGUGCCUGGCCCACCCGGUACCCCAUCAAUCACCGAAACCACAGAAACCUCCAUGACUCUUGAGUGGUCUCCACCUCUCUCUGACGGCGGCUCCAAGAUCAUCGGCUACGUCAUCCAGAAGAAAGAGAAACUGGCCCUGCGAUGGGUACCAGUGAAUCACCUGAGUAUUGCAGAGACGACGUACACUGUCAGGGAUCUGGUGGAGAGGUCAGAGUACCAGUUUAGAAUCCUGGCUGAGAAUAAGGCUGGGUUUGGCCCGCCUAGCGACUCAUCGGUGACUAAGAUGGCAAAACCUGCUUAUGAUCUACCAGGCCAACCUGAACCACCGACUGUCACCAGCACCACCAAGUCAGCCAUCUCGCUCUCCUGGUUGCCUCCUCUAUCCGACGGAGGUAGCAAGAUCACUGGCUACUUCCUUGAGAAGCGAGAAGCCUUUGGAUUCAAGUUCUCUCGGGUCACUUCUCACUCCAUCCACGAGACGGAGUACACAGUGACCAACCUACGGGAGGGCAGUCAGUAUGAGUUCAGAGUCAGUGCUGAGAACAAAGCCGGAGCCGGACCACCCAGUGAGCCUUGCAGACCGGUUAUUGCAAAGGCUCCAUACGACACCCCGAGUGCACCAGGAGUUCCAGCAAUCUCCGACGUGACUGCUACCUCCCUGACACUCACUUGGACCCCACCGACCCAAGACGGAGGCAAUCCAAUCACAGGAUACAUCAUUGAACGAGCAGAUCGGUUCAGCACCCGCUGGUCCCCCAUCACUAAGGAACCAGUGACGGGAUGCAGCUAUGUGGUCAGGGACAUCCCUAAAGGAACGACGUAUCAGUACAGAGUGUCGGCAGUCAAUGAUGCGGGGACGGGUAGACCGAGUGACGUAACUGAUGCCAAGGGAGCUGCAGUUGCUCCAAAGCUUGACCUGAACAAAUACCGUGACACGCUGGUGGUCAGAGCUGGUACCACCUUCCACCUCGACGUCCCCUACAAAGCCAAACCCAAACCGACGGUCAAAUGGGACAAGGAUGGUGUGCCUCUGGUGUCUUCUACUCGCGUCAAGAUUGAGACUAGCGAUCGAGAGACGGUCUUGACUGCCAAGAACUGUGUAAAGGGAGAUGAGGGAGCAUAUAAACUUAGCGUCAGCAACUCAGCAGGCAGUGAGAAUGCAAUCAUUCACGUCCAGGUGAGAGUUGUGGAUAGGACUGUCGCCAAAUGGUUCUUGAUCGUCCCAGCCCACCUCAAGGUCCUCUAG